CCUAGCUAGUCUCUGUCAUCUCCUGAUGUGCCUGGAGAAACUGGAUUUCAGAUACUUUGCGACUCUAGACCAGUACCAGCAGGCCCUCAACUACACCAACGCACUGGUUCACAAGACUGAGAUGGUCUUCAGCAGCCACUUGGCCUACUGCCCACCUCCUGCGAAGAAGCCAAAGAAGAAGGCAACGACCAUCCUGGGCUGUUGGCUGCCAUGGUGGUUUGUGUUUGUAGGCUGGUUCCUGUUGCUGUCCAUCAGCGGCAUUUCAACUUUCUUCACCUUGUUGUAUGGCUUUCAGUACGGCAAGGAGAAGUCCAUCAAGUGGGUCAUGUCUCUGGGCCUCUCCCUUUUCGAAAGCAUCUUUAUUCUGCAGCCUCUAAAGGUGAUAGGCGUUGCUGUGAUUUUCGCCCUGCUGCUCAAACCUGUAGCUGUAGACGAGAGUGAAGAAGUUGAGCAAGUCCUGUUAGAGCAACAGGAAAAGUGCAGACAGUACAGCGGCAGGGACACAAUGUGAGGUUACUGCAUUUGACGACAUGAGCUGACUCCUCUGACAUGCACAGCUGCGACACAUGCCCCCCCGCUUCUUAGGAAAUCUUUUGCACUUAUUGUAAGUUUUACUUUCUGGAUAUAGAGUUGCAUUACACGUCAUGGUGUUUUGUAUGUGUACAGAGGUUCCAGUGCCUGUGAGAAUCUUUUUGAAGUUGUGAGUCAUAAUAAUGGGCAAUUAAAUAACUGUUCUUGUAUGUGAA